AUAGACGCGAAGUGGUUGUUUGGGGCCAUCAAUGGAAAAGCUUUGGGGGUUGGGCUGACUGAUGAUAAGUGCGACUCAUUCUUAAAACUCCAUGAUCAAAGCAUACUUUUUCAUGCAUUUGGAAAUUAUUCCAUUUUUAGGAUGAAUUUCCCUUUCUCUUCCUUUCCCUUCCUCCUUAUCUUCUUCCCCAUCAAGGAAAUCCAUCGGAGAUCGAAGAAGAAAGAGAAAUUGAGAUCGAGGAAGCUAGGGAGAGAAAAUGGCUCGCGGGAAGAUUCAGAUCAAGAGGAUCGAGAACUCGACGAACAGGCAGGUGACGUAUUCGAAGAGACGAAACGGUCUGUUCAAGAAGGCGAAUGAGCUCACCGUUCUUUGCGAUGCGAAGGUCUCUAUCAUCAUGUUCUCCAGCACCGGCAAACUCCAUGAGUUCAUCAGUCCUUCCACCACAACGAAGCAACUGUUCGAUCAGUACCAGAAGACUUUGGGGAUCGAUCUGUGGAGCUCACACUAUGAGAGAAUGCAAGAGAACCUGAAGAAACUGAAAGACAUUAAUAGGAAAUUGCGGAAGGAAAUUAGGCAAAGGACGGGUGAAAGUUUGAACGAUCUGAGCUAUGAGGACUUGCUUCGUCUUCAGGAAGAUAUGGAAAUUUCUCUGAAGAUCAUUCGUGAUCGAAAGUAUAAAGUUAUCGGUAAUCAGAUCGAAACUUACAAGAAGAAGGUAAGGAAUGUGGAAGAAAUACACAGAAACCUCCUCCAUGAAUUCGAGACAAAAGGGGAGGAUCCACACUAUGGAUUAGUUGAUAAUGGAGGGGAUUACGAUUCUGUUCUUGGAUUCACAGGUGGAGCCGCUAGCAUAUUAGCUUUACGUCUGCAGCCAAACAUGCAGCUUGGUGGUGUUCAUGUUGGAGCAGGAUCAGAUCUCACCACAUUUGCCCUGCUUGAAUAGCACCUGAAGAGGUUAAUUACUGUAGCCAAACAUUCAACCCUUAAUUAUAUGUGUUAUUUAGAAGUAUAACUGAACUAGUUAUCUCACAAGUGUGCGCUAGUUUUUAUCUAUCCAUCACAGUUUAUCUUUUACUCUACUAGCUGUUUGUAUUUUUUUUUUUUUUAACUACCUUCGUUUUCAUAUAUUCAACCGAAUUUCAUGUUCAAUACUUGUUUGAUUGCCUCUAUAAUUUAAUCUUCUGUGUUUAGACA